GCUUGCUCGACCCAACGAAUUUCUCGAGCUUGAAAACCAACAGCCGACGCCGCCGACGCAAGCGGCGCUCCAAUAAUUGAGGGAGAAGAUGCUGCGAGGGGAGGAGAUGCUGUCCGUGCGGAACGCCACCCGCGCGGCCACGGCGUGGGUGGCCAGCCCUGUGGGCCGCCUCGCCCGCAUCGAGGUUCUAGUGACCAUCAGCUGCUGCCUGCUCGCCGUGCUGGUCCUACUCGGCUCCGGCCGCCGCGCCAGCCGCAGGGCCACGUUCCGGCUCGCCGUCUGGUCGGCGCUGAUGCUGAGCUACCCGGCCGUCUCCUACACCAUCGGGCUGAUGCAGUCCGCCUCUUUCCGCAACGAGCUCAUUGUCGCCUGGGGCUGCUUCCUCCUCCUGCUCCUCGGCUGCGCCGACGGCAUCGCCGCCUACAGCCUGAACGACUCCGACCAGCAGGCCCGCACAAUCCUCAACCAGGGGCUCCAGGUCGUGUACGUCUUGAUCCUCCUCCUCUCCUAUGUCGGCGCUCUGCCGCUCCACCUCAAAGUUCUCCUCUUCUUGCUCUGGGCGUUGAGCGCCGCCAAGCUCGUGAUGCGCGUCAGGAGCUCUGUCUUGGCCGGCCGGGAUAGCGUCCUCACCGUCGAGAACAAGCUAAUCGCCGACUACAUGUCCAACAAAGAGCACAUGGAAGGUGGUCGGAACUACGACGCCACCACGAUGAAAGGUUACAAGUACGUAGUCGCCGGCGAGGCUGACCGGCCGAUCGACCCGUCGGAUGAUGACAUUGUCACUGUCGAGAAGGUGUGGCAGUGCCAGGGUAUACUGCUGAGCUCCGACGUGGACGCCGCGGCGAGGAGGCGCAAGGACAUCUGCCUCUCCUUCGCGAUGUUCAAGCUGCUCCGGCGUCGCCUGGGCAGGUUCCCGCUCACCGAGGCGCGCCUCAACAAGACGCGCGACUUCGUCAAGGUGGGCCUCCUCGCCGGCAAGGAGCACGAGAGGAUGUACCGCGUCAUCGAGGUGGAGCUCGGCUUCCUCUUCGAUUUCUACUACGCGAGGUACCGGUCGCCCAAAGAAACUCUCAUCCCGGACGCGCUUCUGUUCGCGGCCGUCGUGGCGACGAGCCUGGGCAUCCUGUUCUCGCCGGCGGUGCUCGACUACCGUCCCUCCAGCAGCGCGGCUGUCGCCACCGGCUACGACAUCUGGCUGACAAGAACAGUGAUAGCCCUGUUCCUGGUGCUGGAAUCGUUCCAGUUCCUGAUGCUCGUCUUCUCCGACUGGCACAAGGUCAAGAUGCUGUGCCGCUACGUGCGAGACAAGUCGUGGCACAACAGACCUGGCUUGCAGCGAAUGCUCAAGCUGAUGUGCCAGGUGAGGCUGAUAGGGUACUGGAACAACUCCGUGGGGCAGUACUCGCUUCUGCUCGCGUGCCUGCACUCUCAGCGCAAGGGCGUAUGGCAGCUGCCGCUCCCCGGGACGAUCAUGGGCUUCCUGAUCCGGAGCAGGAUGACGCGCCACCGGAAGCUCCCCGAGGAGGUGAAGCGCUCGAUCUACGUGUUCCUGAAGAACGGGCUGACCCGAGUUCGCUACGGCGAGCACACGCUGGAGAAGAACGGCGUGCGGGGCAUCCUCCGCCUCAGCGCGCGGCCCAUCCAGCUGCCGGCGACGAGCGCAGCGGAGCGCAUCCUCGUCUGGCACAUCGCCACCCAAGUGUGCGACCUAAUGUCGCAGAGCGAGCUGGGAAAAGUGGCCUCGGGCAGCAACGUCAGGAAGGAGCACCUCGUCGCCGCCACGCUCUCGGCGUACUGCGCCUACCUGGUGUCGUCGGCGCCGGAGCUGCUGCCGGAGCACAGCUACGACACGCGGCUUCUCCUGGAGGGUGUGCAGCGUGAGGCGCGGGAAGCUCUGAAAGGUUGCCGGUCCAGGGAUAACAUCUGCGGUAAGCUUAAUGAGGUGCCGGCGGAUCCCCCGUCCGUCCACAGGUACAUCCUGGCCGAAGGCAAGAGGCUCGGCGAAAUACUGCACAGCAGCAUGCCAGCCGCGGUGAGCAAGUGGGAGCUCCUCGCGGAGCUGUGGGUGGAGUUGCUUCUUUCGGUUGCGCCGUCGGACAACGUGAACGGUCACGUCCAGAAGCUGGCAGACGGCGGCGAGCUCAUCACGCACCUCUGGGCACUGCUGGCGCACGCCGGAGUCGUCGAGAAGCGCACAAUAAUAGCAGAAAGCAACGUUUGAGAGUUGCUCCUCUCCGAGAACUCUGAUUGAUACGGAGUACUACUCUCUAUCAGUAUAUCACGAAUGCCUUUGGGCUGCCCUUAUGCGGAACGUCUGUCUUUUCUCUUUCGGCAUUACUAGCGUCCGGAGGAGCGUCCCGAUCAGAAAUUAUUUCGUCCGUCCAUCGCAACAUUGAUAAAUAAUAGUCGCAACAUUAGAAAUCAA